UGGAAAGCGUUUCUUCUGUUCGCUGCCCCAUUUCAAUCCCAGCACACAGCAGGUACUUAAUACACACUCGCAGGACGCCUAUAAUCAGGUCCUGAAACUCGCCCACGGCUUCCCAGGACGCUCGGCGUCUAGCGUCCUUGUAAGUCUGAGCAUGCGCGGCUCGCAGAGUACCAUGGGUAGCUCCCUUCCAGACUACGACUCCCAAGGGCCUGCAGGGCGCCGGCCAGCCUGCCGCUAAUUCGCGCGGGAGUGAGAAGAUGGCGGAUGUGGCCGUAGGCAAGGACAAGUGUGGGGAACAGCGGCUCGUGUCGCUGCCCCUGUCUCGUAUCCGGGUUAUCAUGAAGAGUUCUCCCGAAGUGUCCAGCAUCAACCAAGAGGCGCUGGUGCUCACGGCCAAGGCCACGGAGCUCUUUGUUCAGUAUCUAGCCACCUAUUCCUACAGACAUGGCAGUGGAAAAGAAAAGAAAGCACUGACUUACAGUGAUUUAGCAAACACUGCAGAGGAAUCGGAAACUUUUCAGUUUCUUGCAGAUAUAUUACCAAAGAAGAUUUUAGCUAGUAAGUACCUGAAAAUGCUUAAAGAGAAGAGAGAAGAUGAUGAGGCGAAUGAUGACGAAAGUGAUGAUGGUGAAGCUGAGUCCUAAACCAAAAAAGAAGUGCUUUAGAAAUCAGCCUUCCAGGAUGUUUCUGGAGAAGCACCGUUCCUCUGAAGCAAGCACAGCACUGUGUACUUUGCUCCCUUCAUGUUCCCAGACUCCAGCAUGAUGCCUUCUUUCCUGGCUGACACAAGCAUCUCCCACAUCUGCACUGGAAAGAACCAAAGGGAGAGUGACCCUGACAGUGCCUUGUGACAAGGCCCACCCACAGUGGGAGGCCAUCAGGAGAGUCCUGUGCCCACACCAUUACAGCUAAUCUGCUGAGCUCAAGCUGGAUGGUCCGAGACCACUGCGCUUCCCUUUGGAACUUGCAGAUAGACUUUGAAGAGCUUCUGAAUAUUGUGCAAAUUUAUAUGUAAUUCUGAAAUUAUUUCUUGUAAACAACUAGAUUUAGUUUUAGCUAAAUGUGUAGUUUAUAAGUAGUAUGUUACCUUUGAACUUUGGUGAAGAUUUGACAGCUGAAAAUUCUUUUAUUAUAAAGAAACAUGGUUUCCUUUUCAUAGUAAAAUGCUUUUUGGAACUAGUUUUAGGGCCUUCUAUGGUUCUAGUGCCUUGCUCACUACCUGAGAAUUUAGUGAAAUUUAAAAACAGUCAUUUCUGGGUGGGGGUGUAGCCCAGUGGUAGAGUGUGUUCUUAGCACACACAUAAGGCCCUGGGGUUGAUCCUCAGUACCAAAAUGGCAACAACAGAAACCACUUUUAUUUCCAGAGAAAAAUUCCAAGUCAAAUUAUCAAAUAAAAUACAAAAAAGAAAUAUUACCAGGUGGGUACAGUGGUGCACACCUGUAAUCCCAGCGCUUUGGGAGCCUCAGGCAAGAGAAUCUCAGGUCCUAUCUGGGCAAUUUAGUGAGACUCUGCCUCAAAAUUUAAAAAAAUUUAAAAAUGGCCAGGGAUGUAGCUCAGUGGCACCAUGCCUGCCUUGCAACUGCAAGGUCCUAAGUUUGAUCCCCGGUUCCAAAAAAUAAAAUUUAAAAAGUUAAGAAAAAAGAGUCUGUGUAUAUUGCUUAGCAUGAAGACCCAGGUUCAAUCCACAGUACCACAAAAACAAACAAAAAAAUUACCUCUGCACAUACUGUUUUAAAAAAGAUUUUAUGUUGAAAAUACUUUUCAUCUUCCUGUUCUUUGCUUUAAGUCCUAGUAAUUUGUUUUUACUGUCUACAAGAGAAAACCCUUAAGCUUUAUUAUAUUUUUUUCUGCAUAGGGUAAAUGUUUGACUCUUUUUUCAGUAUAUCUUUAUUUUUACAAAGUUAAAUUUACAGCAAGGCACGAUGACACAUGACUAUAAUCCCACCACUCAGGAGGCUGAGGCAGGAAGGUUGCCAUGAGUUCAAGGCCAGCCUAAACUGCAUAGUGAGACAGUCUCAAAAAAACAAAAACUAAAAUAUAUAUCCAGUAAAAUCACACCUUUUGGUCUCAAGCCUGAAUUUUGACAAAUGCAUAGUUUUGCGGGGGUUUUUUGUUUUUUGUUUUUUUUCCUGUACCAGAGAUGGAACUUGGGACCUUGCUCUUAUAAGGCAGGCGCUGGAACCACUGAGCUAAAUCUCCGGUCCUGCAUUUUGUUUUUUAGCUACAGUCUCGCUUUGUUACCCAGCCUCAGUUGGCCUUAAACUUGUGAUCUUCUUGUUUCUGGAGUAUCUGGGGCUACAGGUGUCUGCCAUCAUGUCCAGAAUACUCCCCUGUGCAAACUGUAGUUAGUCUCUUCCCCUAGCCCCUGGCAACCACUGAUGUUUUCUGUAUCUCUUGUUUUAAAAAUUUUUUAAAAAAUAAAACACUUAAAAAUUA